AUGAAAUUAGCACUGCUAUUCUCGCAACUAGUUUGCAUUGGCUUAGCGACAGCCACCCUCUCUUCAAGUGGAGAGGAGUUUGUGAAGAACGAUUUUGACUACCUCGUAGUAGGCGGGGGGCUAGCGGGGCUCGUUGUCGCUAACAGACUUUCCGAAAACUCGAACGUGCGAGUAGGCGUCAUUGAAGCCGGUCGAUAUUUUGAAAAUGACCCACUUAUUAAUACCCCUGCUGCAGUAUUAAAUCGAUUUCUGCAGAUGAAUGCCACGUACGACUGGAGACUCACGACCGUCCCUCAAAAGCACCUAAAUAACCAGUCAAUAAACUUGCCAAGAGGAAAGACGUUAGGAGGAUCCAGCACCAUCGGUUUGCUAAUAUUUGGGCGGGGAUCCAAGAUUGAAUAUGAUGCAUGGGAGCGUCUUGGGUUGCUACCUUAUAUGAAAAAGGCGGAGCAUUUCGAGAUGGUAGACCCCAUCAGAGCUUCGGUCAACCAAGAAGGAAUUCCAGCAAGUCAAGGAACCCAAGGCAUGAUUGCUGGAUCCUACAACACUUGGUACAGUGACCCUGUAUUCCCAUACCGUGCUGCAUCCAUGAAGGUGGGGAUCCCAGCCAAUCUCGACCCUGACAGUGGAACCACAUUCGGCAUUUACAACGCCGCCACUUCUACCAAUCGUACUGCCGGCAUCCGGUCCUAUGCAGGGAACACCUACUACAAGUCCGCCGCUCACAGGCCCAACCUUGUCGUAUUGACCGAGGCUCAAGCCACCAAAAUCGAACUUGAUCAUUCUGGGAAAGAUGUUACGGCCAGGGGCGUCUCUUUUCAAUUCAGGGGCACGUCAUUCACUGCCAAGGCUAAAAAGGAAGUCGUGCUUUCGGCUGGUACUCUUCUGACCCCUCAGCUUCUCGAACUCAGCGGUAUUGGCAACAGCGACGUCUUGAAGAAGUACCAGAUUACCCCAAAGGUGGAUCUUCCCGGGGUUGGGGAGAACUACCAAGACCAUAUAUUGGUCUCGACCACAUACGAAGUAAAGCCAGGCUUUGUCACCUAUGAUAACCUUGGGUAUAACAAUACAUUUAGAGCAGCUGCCGAAGCUCAGUAUGAAAGGACUCAUGACGGACCAAUGACUGCUUCCAACUCCAUGCUAUCGUAUAUCGACCUUUACUCCCUUGCUAGUUCUGGCAAGAUUGCGCAUAUGCACAGGUCACUCUGGGAGGACGUGAAGAAGGAGAAACCUACGAUGCUUCAGAAACAGCAGUACAGAAUCCAAGAGCUGUGGCUGAGGAAGAAGAUGGGUAACGUCGAAGUUAUUCUGCACCCAGGCAAGCAUACUAGAUACUUUGGACCUGGUCCCGCAAAGCCGAAUACGUCAUAUAUCUCGAUUAUCAUGUGCAUUCAGCAUCCAUUCUCUCGUGGAAACAUUCACCUCAACACCUCAGACCCCCUGUCGCCUCCAGCUAUCGACCCUAACUAUCUAUCCAAACAAAUAGACCAGAGCAUCCUUGUCGAGUCGGUCAAGUUUGCCGAUAAGAUUGCCAAGACCGAACCAUUGGCUGCGAUGCUUGUUGCCCGACAGGACCCUAGUCCAGAUAUCAAGUCGGACGAAGAUAUCACCAAGUGGGUCAAGGCUAGUAUCCGCACUUUGCACCACCCAAUUGGAACUGCGACGAUGGCGCCCAAGUCGGUUGGAGGGGUGGUGGAUGAGAAACUGAAGGUGUAUGGAACGAGUAAUCUACGAGUGGUGGACGCAAGUGUGAUCCCGAUGCACCUCGCCGCUCAUCUGCAACGCACCGUGUACGGUAUUGCGGAAAAGGCAGCUGACAUAAUCAAGAGCGACUGGGGAUUCUAA